GCAGAUGUUGGUUCAGCGUCUGUCCGAGGUGAAGUGCUUGCUCUUCUCGAAGGAGCUGAGUUACACAAACAACACCACAUGCAUGUUGAGGCAGUACCGAGCCUUGAAUGAAAAUGAACGUGCACAACCCGCGCCAAGUACCAGGAAACAUGCUGUGGAUCAGGCUUCGGUUGCCAUGGUUGUGAAGGAUUCCCAGCCUUUCACACUGGUGGAAGAUCAGGGAUUUAGGAGCCUCCUGGAUCUCCUCGAGCCUACCUAUAUUAUUCCAACUAGACAGGCUCUAAAGGCAAUGGUCGAGGAGAGAUUCCAUGCCGAAAUGCAGAAGGCAAAAGAAGAGGUCCAGAAAGCUAAAGCUUGCAGUCUGACUGCAGACAUGUGGACCUCUAUGGACAUGGAGGCCUAUCUUGGUGUGACGUGUCACUUUAUUACUGAGGAGGACACUCUGAACACCAUCCUGCUGGGAGUGGAACACUUUCCACAGAGCCACACAGCAGAGAACUUAGCCCAGGCAAAGACAAAAAUUAUGGCAGAAUGGGGAAUAAAAGAUUAGGUCAAAUGCCUGGUCACAGAUGCGGCAUCCAAUAUGAUAGCCUGUGCACACACUCUUGGUGUAAGGCAAAGCAUAUGUGUUGCACAUUCCCUUAAUUUGAUUGUGCGAAAGUCAUUUGACCAGGUCCCCAUAUUGUCUGAAAUAAGAGCAAAAACCAGAAAAAUUGUGGCCUACUUCCGGACCUCCACAACUGCUAAAGAACGCCUUGGCCACAUGCAAGAGUCCAUGGGAAGACCAAAACAUAAGUUGCUAAUGGAGGUAGAAACACGCUGGAACAGCACACUGCUUAUGCUCCAGCGUGUCUUUGAGCAGCGGGAAGCCAUGGGGGCUGCCCUUGCUUUACUGUCACAACUCACAUCCAGUGACUUCAAAACAAUUGAAGAAAUCAUUAAAGUGCUUGGCCCAUUCCACCAGGCCACUGUUAAGCUGUUAGAGGAGAAACGGGUGUCGGGUCUAAAGUGAUACCACAGAUGAAAAUGCUUCUGCAUGCAGUGAACUGCGAAGCUUCUAAUGUGACCACAGAAACACCAAAAAUGUUGACAGACAUUUUAAAAGUAAGGCUGAGGGAUCAUCUGGCCAAACUAGAGACUGCCAGUGUAAUGACACUGGCAACACUGCUGGAUCCACGGUUGAAAGUACUUGGAUUCCACAGUGAGUUGAGAGCAAAUGAGGCCGUAGAAAGACUGAAAACGGAGUGCGCCAACAUAAUCUCUCUGCCAUCAAUUCCUCCACAAAGGCCUCAAGUGAAGGAUGAAAAUGCGGCAGCACAAUCAACAUUUUAUAUCUGUUUUCAUGUUUACUAUAAUACUAUCAUGAAGUGCUGUCUUUUUUUUAGG